GCUGCCCCAGCCCAGUGGCUUCCCAAACAGCCUGCCCUGUCUCCCGAGGGAUCAUCCCUGUCAGCUGUCACGGUGGGAAAGAGGGAUCCGGGGCAGAGAUGUCCGAAGCCACAAAGGCAAAGUCUCCAUGAGCAGACAUGCAGCCAUCACUGACCUCUGCUGAAAGAAAGGCUCUCAGACUCUUCCCUGGCACUUUCUGCCUCUGUGAAUCAAAGCAAACGUAACUUCCUCCUUAAAGGGCUUCGAGUUCCACAGCUGGAAAGGGAAACAUCCAGGGCAGAGAGCCCAGCUGUAGGUGUUGGCUAUGGCUGCAGUUUAUCAAGCGCUGCACAGAAGAGCUUCCUCUCUCCUCUGCAGGUUACACUCCACCUAUGUUAGAAAAAUGAGAUACUUAAAUAAGCUAAAGGAAGACGACAGCCUUUGUAGACAAGCCCAGACCUCAGGAACUUUCUACCUCUUUCACAAUCUCUCCCCCUUCCUGCGGAAAGCUGGGAAGAAGUAUUUGGUGCCACAGGUCAGUGCAGCAGAGACACGACGGAUCCUGGAGAAAUUCCCAGAGGCCGGGCAGUGGAUGGAGGAGUCGGUGCUGAUCGGCUGUUCAGACGAGCACGUACCACACUUUGCCCUGGAUUUAGCAGGAGCUUUGGAGAAAUCAGUCAUUGAGUCUGAACUCCAGGGAUCAUUCACUGACCUCCGAAAGGCUCUCUUUGUGGUGGAUGGGAAGGAUUCUCCUCUGCUGGCUUCGGCCCAGUCCCUCCUCCGGUGGCACGAUUCCCACCGCUACUGUAGCAAAACUGGGCAGCCCACUCAGAAGAACCCAGCUGGCAGCAAGCGUGUCUGCCAGGCCAGUGGGAUCACUUACUACCCUCAGGUGUCUCCUGUGGUCAUCACGCUGGUGUCUGACGGGAGCCGCUGCCUCCUGGCCCGCCAGCCCUCCUUUCCCCCCGGGAUGUUCACGGCUCUCUCGGGCUUCUGUGACGUGGGUGAGACGGUGGAGGAGGCGGUGCGGCGGGAGGUGGCAGAGGAGGUGGGGCUGGAGGUGGAGUCGCUCCGGUACUCGGCGUCCCAGCACUGGCCCUUCCCCAGCGGCUCCCUGAUGCUGGGCUGUCACGCCCUGGUGGCAGCACAGCGGGCUGAGAUCAGUGUGGACAGCCUGGAACUGGAGGAAGCCCGUUGGUUUGGCCUGGAGGAAAUCGUGGAGGGCCUCAAGAGAGAGCCCAGAUCUUCAAAGCAAGAUGAUGAGAGUCUUUUACCCUGGUUCCCUCCCAGACAGGCCAUUGCUCACCAGCUCAUCUGCGAGUGGGUUAGGCAGCAGAGAGACCAGGCUUAGGCAGGGCUUCAUCAGGUCUGGGGUUCCACCAGAACCAUGAAAGCUCCAUAGAAAACCUUCCAAAGCCACUGGAGGCACAGGCUGUGUCACAGUGAGGACAGCACCACCCUGAUGGCACCCUUAAAUCAGAUCCACUGGCCUACAAAGCCGUGUCUGAUCUGAUCUCCCUCGGACAGUCCCACGUCCACUGGGUCUCCUCUGAGGCCCCACGACUUGCAGUAAAUGCACAAUAAAAGUCUCAGUUCCAAAGCAUCAAAUUUGCUGUGACCAGCUGACAGUGAGCCCCUGGCACCUUUGUCCCAUUUUCCUCCACUUUUCCCCCCCUCUUGGAUGGAUAUCAAAAGCACACUUUUUCCAGAAAAAAAUUAAAGGGACAGUGGCAUCAUGUUUAUGUGGAUCUGGGACAGCUAUCAGAAAGAAGAAGAAAAGCCACUGCUUGUAUGCUCUCCCCUUCUUCUGACUCUCUUACCAUUCAGUCUUCCACUUUUUUUAUAAAUCAGCCAGGGUUUGGGGUUUGUUUUUUUGUGGGUUUUUUUUGGUUUUUUUUUGCAAAUGGUAAAUGGGCUUCUAACUCGUUGAUACAUCUGAGCAACUGAAAACAUCUCCAGAGGCACCAUUUUCCCCACCAGUUGCUCCCAUCCCAAGGGAGAGAGAGCAGAGCUACCUGCUGGUGGAGAGGGGAAGGGCAAAACCCAGACAUAAAG